UCCAAAACAACGGUCGUACCAAGAAACCCCAAAAUGAAUAAGAAAUUAAUUUCACAAACAGAGACAAAACAAGUUUCCAUAAAACUACACCGGCCGGCACUGAAGGCUCCGCCCCAGCCCAGUUGAGCGCUAGCUGCGAGUCUCCGUGGCUGCGGGGAUAACAGAAACUUGUUGCGCCAGAAGAUUUUCUCUCAUCCAAGUUUUUAUGGACCAAACUCCCGUUAGAUAGAUCUAUGAUGGAGCGUCAAGUGAGGGUGAACUAUCCUGGACUCUCACUGAGGAUGACACUGUGAUUUUAUUCGAGAAUCAAGGUUUGGCAAUCUCAAGAUCCCAUCGAUGCGUUGACACAGGACAUAGCGACAAGGAAAAUCAACUCGUAACGUCCAAGGCGGAUCUAGACGAAGGCACUCAGGGAAUAGCAGGCGUCUCGACUUUGUGCUAUUGAAUGAGGAUAACAUCGGGUCGGUCACAGAUCGAAACAUCGCUUCGCCAACGCUGUCGUACUCCGCAGUCAGGCAAUAACCCCGUCUGCCGUGAUAGCGGGCGGUAACUCUUUCACCGAUCAUCCUUCACGUCUGCCACAGAGGUGCGGACAAAACUCGGGAGUCGGAACUACAACAGCGACUAGGAAUUGCCGCCGCUCCCAUCAGACGACUUUUAACGUUUUUCCCAAAUUCAUUGCACGAAACGGAACGGAUGAGUGCUAGCGACUAUUAUAGUGAGGGCUUCAGACGGUAGAAAACUUUUCGAAUGACAUAACCAUUUCCUUUCACGUCUUCUACUUUUUCAAAGUAUUAAUACUGCUGUGUGUUAGAGCCUCCCAUUUAGAGUCUAAUAUUUUGUUGAGCUGUUUUGGUUUGGUUUUUAAUACUAUUGAAGAUUUCAAGUGUUUUUUGUUCAACCGAGUGUUGGGGUUUUAAUAAUUCGACAUUGUGUUUACAAGAGUAAAAGCAUCCAAGUUUGAUAAAUUAUUCUGCGUGAUAACCAUCUGAACAUUCCACCAGAUAGUACGGAUUUACAAGGAAAACAGUCAGCCUAACCCGGAAUUGAAGAGCGGGUUAAUGUUAACCUAUCUCUAGUGUGCUACAGAAAGCUUCAGUCGGAUGAAAUCGCCUGAUUGUUUCAUUGAGGACUAUGGAUAUAGUGGUCACAGUCUUCCUUUUCUUGGGAACGCUCCUCGCCAGCAUAUGCGCAGGUUUGAACAAGGCCGAGAACUACUACGGCACGGAGGACGAGUACCGCUUGGUUCGAGACCUCAUGAAGAGCUACAACAGACAGGUCAAGCCUAGCCUGGUCAACAACCAGCCGCUCAACGUGACCUUCGGAGUGGCUCUGGCGCAGAUCAUAGACUUGGUCAGUGUUGCUGGAAGCAUGCUGGUUCUUUACUACAUAAUCUGUGCGGUUGAUGUUUCACCAGCUUUCAUUUUAGUCACCAAAGAGUACUUAAAGGACCCAUCCAAGUUUGCUGUUGCUGCGGCUGCCCCUACAGCUGCUGCUCCGGCAGAAGAAAAGAAGAAGGAGAAGAAAGAAGAGUCUGAGGACUCCGAGGAUGACGACCUUGGCUUUGGUCUCUUCGACUAA